CCAAAAUCACUGCUGCAGCUCUCUCGCUCGCUCAUUCUCCUGUCCAACUUCUCGCCUACUCGGUCUCCCUCGCUUGUGAGGACUAAGUAGAAUGAAGGAUUCAGAGGUAGCAGAAUUGAUAGUGUCUGGAAAAAAUAUCGAGCAAGAGGUGGUGGAACAAAUCCUAUCAACUUUGCCUCCCAAAUCUCUUAUGCGAUUCAAGUGCGUCUCUAAAUGGUGGUACCAUCUCAUCACCAGCCCCAGGUUCGUAGCCAAGCACCUCACCAUUGCCAAACACAGCAGCUCCUAUGCUUGUGCCCUAAUCAAGCGUUUAGUCUUUAAGGAUACAAACACUAAAGAGCCUGAAAUGGUGUUCUCAUUACUUCAUUUUUCUGAUGACAAUGAUGAGCUUAGCACUAAUCUAUCUGGUGUGGAAGACCUCACUAUCCCUACCAGGGUAGUCGAGUCACUUCAGAUAAUAGGCCAUUGUGAUGGAAUUGUUUGUCUAGCUUUAGUAGAUUAUCAUCGGAGGCUAGCUAAACCUAGUGAGGUGUGUCUAUGGAAUCCUGCAAUUCAGGAAUUUAAAUUCCUUCCUGAGGAGCCAUUCCUUCCCGAUUGGUCCAAGGUACCGCACAGCCGUAUGGUAGAAGAAAACGCUUAUCUUCGUGGAAUAUAUCUACUUUGUGAAACCAUGGGGUUUGGCUAUGAUACUAAAUCAAAAGAUUUCAAAGUUAUUGACAUUGGAUUUUCAGGUUCCAAAUAUUAUGGUGAUCCAAAAUACUAUCUUGGACAUGUGAUUGUUCAUCCUCCUAAAGCAGUAGUAUACACCCUGCAAACCGAUUCUUGGAGAGAGAUCAAGACUGUUUCUUUGGAAAGGGAAACUACUUACCUUUGGCCUGAAAAAUUUCAGCUCUAUUUCAAGGGAAUGUGUUAUUGGACGGGAUAUGAACAACAAAAGGAAUUCUUCUGUCAAUUUGAGACUCAUAAAGAAGAGGAAGAACGCAUCGGGCAAGCAAUCAUUUCAUUUGAUACUAGCAGUGAGGUUUUUCAUGAUAUUCUAUUACCAUAUGAGCUACUGGAAUGCAGGGGUUUUGAUAGUUACCUUUCAUUGCAUCUUACAGUGUGGAAUGAGUCUGUUGCUCUUUUUGGCUUGCAUUUUGUCCAUGGCCACAAAGCUACGAUGUGGGUGAUGAAUGAUUGCGGCAAUGCCAAGGGUGCUUGGACAAAGCAGUUAACCUUUGAUUAUAAACAGAAAUACUUUCCUUACAGCUUACCUCGAAAGAUAUUGGCAUUUUGGAAGAGCAACGAAAUUCUUGGGGUUGGAAAGAAUGGAUCUAUUGUCUGCUAUAACCUCAGUACCAAAAACGUCAAGUGUCUUCCGAUUCAAAGUGUUCCAAAUUCUCUUCCACCCGCUAGACCCACUUUUUACCCUUUUUGUGGUAUUGCAUAUGUGAACAGUGUCGUUCCAAUCACCAAUCAUGUGAGGCCAGACUUUGAUUGA